CACCGUACGUAGCACUCACUUGUAAGUUCGCUGGAGAAUGGGUAAGAUCUCGCUGUACGGCCUGGACGCCAGUCCGCCCACCCGGGCAUGUCUGCUCACCCUGAAGGCUCUGGACUUGCCCUUUGAGUAUGUGUUCGUCAAUCUGUUCGAGAAGGAGAACUUUAGCGAGGACUUCUCGAAGAAGAAUCCACAGCACACGGUGCCGCUGAUGCAGGACGAUGAUGACUGCAUCUGGGAUUCGCAUGCCAUCAUGGCCUAUCUGGUGGAGAAGUACGCGGCCAGCGAUGAGCUCUAUCCCAAGGAUCUGCUGCAGCGUGCCAAAGUCGACCAACUGAUGCACUUCGAGUCGGGUGUCAUCUUUGAGUCGGCCCUAAGGAGACUCACCCGUCCGGUGCUCUUCUACGGCGAGUCCACCUUGCCACGCAAUCAAGUGGAUCAUGUGCAGCAGAUCUAUGAUUUUGUUGAGACCUUUCUCGAUGAUCACGACUACAUGGCCGGCGAUCAGUUGACCAUAGCGGAUUUCAGCAUCGUUUCGACCAUCACCUCGAUUGGUGUUUUUCUGGAGCUGGAUCAGGCCAAGUAUCCCAAGAUUACCGCCUGGCUGGAGAGGCUCAAGGAGCUGCCCUACUACGAGGAGGCCAAUGGCAAAGGAGCUGCCCAAUUCGUGCAGCUCUUGAGGUCCAAAAACUUCACUGUAGUUUCCUAAACGCUUAUGGCUUAACACCUUAAUUGGAUAUGACCCCAUUUUGCUAUCACAAAAUCAAUAUUCGACAUCAGAAUACCUUUUCCUAUACCUUUUGUUAAAAUUUAUCAAAUAAAUUAUGCAAAGCACCCAUUAAACAAACU